AUGGGCCAAAUGCCAACGAAGCCGAUGCCUGGGGCCAAGUUCCAGGUCAUUGGUGCUGGGAUGUCUCGAACUGGUACCAAGACCCUUAACGAGGCCCUCACCAUCCUCCUCGGCGGGCCCGUCCACGACUCCGGCGUCCACUCCACCGGCGGAACCUUCAAGCAAAUCCGGGAAUGGGGCCAAGUAAUGGAACUGGUCGCGAAAAAGGACAAAACCUACGCCGACAAAAAGCACAUCCAAUACCUCCUCGCUGACCUCCUCGAAGGCUAUGUAGCCACCAUGGACUGCCCCGCCGCAGCUCUAACCCCCGAACUCAUGGAAACCUUCCCGGACGCCAUCGUAAUCGCCACGACGCGCUCUCCCGAAUCCUGGUGGCGCUCCAUGCAGGACAUGAUGACCAUGACGAGCAACUACCACCUUCCCUUCGUGCUCAUGUGGGUGCCCAAGGUAAACCAGUACGGCAUCUGGCGCGAAAAGUUCAAGAAGCUGGCCAUCUUCCGCUAUGGGCUCGACAUGUUCGAGGAGGGCUCGCUCGAGCUCCAUGAAGACCAUCUGAGGGACGUCGUGCCGAAGGAUAGGCUACAUUGGUAUCAGGUCAAGGACGGGUGGGAGCCGCUGUGCAAGAUCCUGAACUUGCCGGUGCCGGAUGUGCCGUUCCCGCAUAAUAACUCGAGGAAUGACGCGAGGCAGACGUAUAACCAGCUGUUGCUUGCUGGGUUUUUGGGGUGGUGCGGAUUCUUUGUUGUUGCGUAUAGUUUUUAUUGGUACUUUUGGGGGUGA